AUGCUUCUUAUGUGGCGAGAAAAGCCCCAUGAAGACGAGGUGCCCCAGAGAGAAGAGAAAGAGCAACAAAUGGAACAGUCUGAGCAGGAAAGAAUGAACGAUGUGGUACAGGAGGAUGAGAAGGAGACAACAGGAAUAGAGGAGGAAUUUGAAGUGGUUAAAAAAGAAAGAGGAAGGGCUCUCCACCGGAGAAGCAGAAAAAGGAAAAAAGAGGCAGAUAAGGAGAUUGAGGAAGAAGUCGUAAAGAAUGUUGAAAAAGAGAUCAAGAAAGGGGUAGAAAAGGAGGUUGAGAAGGAGGUUAUGGAGGAGGAAGAGACAGAAACAAGCAUACUUAAAGAGUUUUUAACCAAUGAAGUAGAACAGCAAUGA